UUCAGAGUUGCUGCAUAGCGCUUGUGAUUUGUGAAUUAUACCUACUUAAAAACGCUAGAAAUCUUUUUAGUCACAGAAAAUAUAAGCUGCAAGUAUGUUAAUGAAGACCUGCUAUACCGAUUUAUUUUAAAUAAACAAAAACCAACUGCAGAUCGCGUAUAACGCCUAGAACAUUUUGAAACCAGAUUGCAAAUGUCAAUAUGUCAGGAUCUCGGUCUUAACUUCCAACAGAGAAUGGGCGCAAAUAUAUCACAAUUGGAGAAAGAUAUUGGGUCUGAGCAGUUUCCACCGAAUGAGCAUUAUUUUGGUUUAGUCAAUUUUGGUAACACUUGUUAUAGCAACUCAGUUUUACAAGCUCUCUACUUCUGUCGUCCAUUUAGAGAGAAAGUAUUGGAAUACAAGGCAAAGAACAAGAGAACUAAGGAAACAUUACUCACAUGUCUUGCAGACUUAUUUUAUAGUAUAGCAACACAAAAAAAGAAAGUAGGAUCAAUUGCACCUAAAAAGUUUAUAGCACGGCUAAGAAAGGAAAAGGAGGAGUUUGAUAAUUAUAUGCAACAAGAUGCCCAUGAGUUUCUGAAUUUUCUAAUAAACCACAUAAAUGAGAUUAUUUUAGCUGAAAGAAAUCAAAGUACUUUGAAAAUUCCAAAGGCGAAUGGGUCCGGCGAAAAUGUCACAUGUAAUGGGACAACCCCACAAAACACAGAACCCACUUGGGUACAUGAGAUAUUCCAGGGUACACUCACAAGUGAGACAAGAUGUCUGAACUGUGAGACUGUUAGCAGCAAAGAUGAGCAUUUCUUCGAUUUACAGGUGGAUGUAGACCAAAACACUAGCAUAACACACUGUCUCAAAUGCUUCAGUGACACAGAAACCCUAUGUAAUGACAACAAAUUCAAAUGUGAUAACUGUAGUAGUUAUCAGGAGGCGCAGAAGCGUAUGAGAGUGAAGAAACUUCCACUUAUACUAGCAUUGCAUUUGAAGAGAUUUAAAUAUAUGGAGCAAUAUAAUAGGCACAUAAAAGUCUCGCACCGAGUGGUGUUUCCUUUGGAGUUGAGGCUUUUUAAUACAUCGGACGACGCGGUGAACCCAGACCGCCUGUACGAUUUAGUAGCGGUGGUGGUACACUGUGGGUCCGGCCCCAACCGGGGCCACUACAUCAGCAUCGUCAAGAGUCACGGUUUCUGGCUGCUCUUCGAUGAUGACAUGGUCGAUAAAAUCGACGCGUCAGCUAUAGAAGAUUUCUACGGCCUAACUUCAGACAUCCAGAAGUCAUCGGAAACAGGAUAUAUUUUAUUUUAUCAAUCUAGGGAUGCUAGUUGUUAAAUUUCAUUUAUUGUAUUUAAUUUAUAAAUAGAUUUAGAGAUAAACAAUGUUAAUAUGCCUCGUUGUUAACGUUGGAACGGCAUAAUUUAUUGUAAUAUUGUUUGAUUUUGAUCAUUAUUUUAUUUCACUUCAUGAGAUUACCAAAUUGUGUAAAUAAAUCAUUUGAAGAUGGUA